GCAGAUGGGAUAUGGCUGAGUUGGGAUGCAUUCCGCUUGAUGAUUACACGCUAAGUAUUGUGAUUAAUUGUUACUGCUUCUUGGGUAGAGUGGAUUUUGGGUUUUCUAUAUUUGGUGGCUUCUUCAAGCGAGGUAUUUUGCCCAAUACGGCCACCUUUACCACUCUGCUCAAAGGACUCUUUCGGGAACACAAAAUUCAUGAGGCACAAGGAUUUUUCAAGAAAAUAAUAUAUGAAAAGCUAUGCGUACCCGAUAAAAUUACGUAUGGGACUGUGAUAGAUGGGCUUUCUAAGGCUGGAAACACUAGCAUGGCCAUUCAAGUCCUUAGAUUCAUGGAAAAAGGAGGAAGGUGCAGGCCUGAUACAGCUGCUUACAGCACUAUUAUCGACGGGUUGUGCAAGGAUAAAAUGAUGGAUCAAGCUCUCUCCCUGUUACACGAGAUGAUUGAGAAAGGAAUUGCCCCUGAUGUCAUCACUUACAGUUGUUUGGUCCGGGGUCUGUGCAAUUUAAGUAAAUGGAAGGACGUUGAAAAGCUCUUGACUGAGAUGAAGGCUUAUAAUAUUGUUCCAAAUGUUAUUACUUUUAAUAUUCUUAUUGAUGCACUAUGUAAGGAAGGACAGUUAGAAGGUGCAGAGGAGGUACUGAAAAUCAUGAUUGAGCAAAAUCAGAAGCCUGAUAAUGCUACAUAUAGCGCAUUGAUGGAUGGGUACUGUUUACAAGGCCGAAUGGAUGAAGCAAAGAUAGUUUUUGAUAAAAUGGCUGCUAGCGGCCUUAAUCCUGAUGUUCAAAGCCAUAGUAUAUUGAUCAAUGGUUAUAUGAAGAAAAUGAAAGUGGAAGCAGCCAUGAGUCUCUUCCAAGAGAUCCGACAUAAAGGGUUAACACCGAAUGUUGUUACCUAUACCACUUUCCUGCAGGGUUUAUUUAGUGUCGGGUGGUAUCUUACAGCAAUCGAAGCUUUCGAUGAGAUGCGAGCUGCUGGCUUAAAACCUAAUUUUCACACUUACUGUGUUUUGUUGAAUGGUUUAUGCAAGAAUUCACAUGUUGAGGAAGCACUUCAAUUUUUGCACAAGAUGGAAGUUGAUGGAGUAGAUUGUCAUAUAACAAUGUACAACAUCGUCCUUGAUGGAUUAUGCAAAUGUGGGAAGCUUGACAGCGCCCGGCAUCUUUUCUAUAAAGGUUUCCUAGAGGAAGCCAAAGAGUUUAUUAAGAAAAUGGAAGAAAAUGGCUGCACUCCAAAUCUAAUUACAUUUAAUAUUAUUGUUCAAGGACUUCUUAAGGCUGGCGAAUUUAAUGAUGCAGUGGUUUAUUUUGAUGAAAUGGAUAGGAGAGGAUUCUCGCUGCAUUUGUCUACUUUUUCACUUUUACUAGAUUCAUACAGAGAUAGUGGAAAUGAUCCCUCUAUUUUUAAGAUAAUUGAGAAGUUUGCUCAAAAAAUGGCAUUUAGUCAUCCAAAGGUACAUGAUGUAGAUUCGCAGUUGAUAUUGUUGUUUAAUAUGAUAAGCGACGAUGUGUUGAAGCUUUCUCAUCACUAUCAGAUGAAAAGAGUGGCUACCUGCCCGUUUUCAAUGCAUUUCAUGCUGAACUCCGAAGGCAAAACCAUCAAGAAGAUGAGAAAAAGGGCCUUCUCUGUUGCUUAUCUUUGUCACAAAGCAGGGGCGAAAGGUACUGCUACUACUGCCGCUUUUACUACUCUUUCAUUUCUUUCUCCAAUAAAUUCAACCCCCAUCCAAUCAGCUUUUCACUCUGCAGCCCUCACUAUUGGUAUUGAAAGUAGUAAUCAUCAUCAGGCUAAGCCUAACAACAUUGUUCAUUAUGGGUCUCGGAGAUUGAGGAGUGAUAUUGACGGUAUCAGCAAUCUCGAUGAAGCUCUAGGCUUUUACAAGCAGAUGGUACGGAUGAAACCUCUGCCUAGUGUUGUUCAUUUCAAUAGACUGCUGGGUCGUAUUGUUAAGAUGAAGCAAUAUUUGGUGGUUCUUUCUCUUUCCAGGGAUAUGGCUGAGUUGGGAUGCAUUCCGCUUGAUGAUUACACGCUAAGUAUUGUGAUUAAUUGUUACUGCUUCUUGGGUAGAGUGGAUUUUGGGUUUUCUAUAUUUGGUGGCUUCUUCAAGCGAGGUAUUUUGCCCAAUACGGCCACCUUUACCACUCUGCUCAAAGGACUCUUUCGGGAACACAAAAUUCAUGAGGCACAAGGAUUUUUCAAGAAAAUAAUAUAUGAAAAGCUAUGCGUACCCGAUAAAAUUACGUAUGGGACUGUGAUAGAUGGGCUUUCUAAGGCUGGAAACACUAGCAUGGCCAUUCAAGUCCUUAGAUUCAUGGAAAAAGGAGGAAGGUGCAGGCCUGAUACAGCUGCUUACAGCACUAUUAUCGACGGGUUGUGCAAGGAUAAAAUGAUGGAUCAAGCUCUCUCCCUGUUACGCGAGAUGAUUGAGAAAGGAAUUGCCCCUGAUGUCAUCACUUACAGUUGUUUGGUCCGGGGUCUGUGCAAUUUAAGUAAAUGGAAGGACGUUGAAAAGCUCUUGACUGAGAUGAAGGCUUAUAAUAUUGUUCCAAAUGUUAUUACUUUUAAUAUUCUUAUUGAUGCACUAUGUAAGGAAGGACAGUUAGAAGGUGCAGAGGAGGUACUGAAAAUCAUGAUUGAGCAAAAUCAGAAGCCUGAUAAUGCUACAUAUAGCGCAUUGAUGGAUGGGUACUGUUUACAAGGCCGAAUGGAUGAAGCAAAGAUAGUUUUUGAUAAAAUGGCUGCUAGCGGCCUUAAUCCUGAUGUUCAAAGCCAUAGUAUAUUGAUCAAUGGUUAUAUGAAGAAAAUGAAAGUGGAAGCAGCCAUGAGUCUCUUCCAAGAGAUCCGACAUAAAGGGUUAACACCGAAUGUUGUUACCUAUACCACUUUCCUGCAGGGUUUAUUUAGUGUCGGGUGGUAUCUUACAGCAAUCGAAGCUUUCGAUGAGAUGCGAGCUGCUGGCUUAAAACCUAAUUUUCACACUUACUGUGUUUUGUUGAAUGGUUUAUGCAAGAAUUCACAUGUUGAGGAAGCACUUCAAUUUUUGCACAAGAUGGAAGUUGAUGGAGUAGAUUGUCAUAUAACAAUGUACAACAUCGUCCUUGAUGGAUUAUGCAAAUGUGGGAAGCUUGACAGCGCCCGGCAUCUUUUCUAUAGUCUCUCUUCUAAAGGAUUGGAUCCUAAUGUUUCAACUAUAACACGAUGA